GGGUGCCGGGCCGUUUCAUUGCCGCAAUGGGGGGAUCAGUCCUGGGAUUACCUUCAUUUACGCCCGAACAUGUGGCCACGGUACACCGUAUCCAGUUGUUACCGUAGUAAACAAUAAUGCUCAUGCCAAGACGAUAUGCUUCUACUGAGCCGUAAUCUGGCGCAUCAAGUUCAGUAGAGGCGUUUGAUGAAAAAAGGCGAUCCGGUGGUUGCUGUCGAUUGUGCUGACAAUUUUGCAUCAAGCAUGGCAUCACUGUCAGAAAAAGCUGAGAUUUACCUCAGCAGCCUUGACCUUCCUGAAGAGUUGAAGCAAGUGCCCCAGGCCAAUGUUGGGUUUGUGGGGCUGGAUCCUAAGAACAAUGAAACUCACAAGCAUAUUUUGGAUGCUUUUACAGCAAGUAGAAAAACAGACAGGCUGAGCAUCCACUACUCUGUCAUUGCUGCUGACAAGGACUUUCCUCCUGCUAAACCAAAGAGGACCACUUAUGAGUGGUUUCUUCCGAAGGGAAUUCUGAAACGUCGGUGGAUGAAGAAGCAUUUGUUUGAGCUUCCAGCUGUUGUUAUCAUUUUCUUUGAUUUAGACUGGUCUGAUGCUGCGUGGAAUGAGAAGAAACUGGAGUGCUCAUCACGGGUGAAGGCAAUCAGGGCGGCGCUGACGACGCAGCAGACUCGGCUGGCGGUGGUUCUGGUGCAGCGGGCGGCGUCCGGGGACGACCCGCAGGCGGCGGACCGGGCGGCGGACCUCUGCGCCGUCUGCGACUUGCCGCCCAAGUCGCUCUGGGUACUGCCGGCCACCGACCAUCUCAGCCAGUAUGCCAUGAGGCUGGAGAGCGCCUUCUACGAGCUGGCGCAGACGUACUACCACCAGCGCGUCAAGGUGAUCCGUGCUCACCGUGAACUGCUCAACAAGAGCCAUCACCAGGCGCUGUUUGUGCGACACCAGUUCAAGCUGGGCUUCUUCUGCGAGGUCCGACAGGACAUGCCGGCGGCGCAUAAGGCGUACCAGCAGGCGUAUUCGCACCUGCUGGAGCUGCGCACCACCGACCUGACGCUGUGCGAGAUCAAGGUGGUGGCGGCCAUGCUCAGCUUCAAGGUGUGUCGGCUGGCGUUCCGGCAGAACCUGCCGCGCGACGCCAUCGCCCACUUCCGGCGGCACGUUGAGCUGUUCCGGCCGCGCGUCGGCCCGGCCGAGCUGACCGUCGAGCACAGCGGCUGGCUCGGACAGCAGUACCAGUGGUUCGGCGAGGUGUUUGAGCAGGCCAUCCAGAUGGGGCUGCCGGCCAUCCAGACACAGCAUCCGGGCAUCUACUUCGAGCAGGCGGCGCUGCACGGCCGGCGCCGGCGCGAGGCGGCCACCGCCCUCCAACUGGAGGGCGCCUCGUACCCGGAGCCUGACCCGCUGGCCAGCAUCGUCUCCACCGACUUCUACGGCCAGCGGCCGUGGCGUCCGCCCGGCAGGAAUGUGGAGCUGAUGGACACACAGCGCGAGAAGCUCGGGGUCCUGGCGAUCCAGCUGAUGGAGCGUGCGGUGAACCACCACAACCUGGUGAUCCCGCUGCUGAGCUGCGCCAUCAGCCACUACAAAAAGUACCACUGCCCGCGCAUGAAGGAGCGCCUCAUGGUGCAGAUGGCCGAGGAGUACGCGCUCAGCGGUGACCACGACAAGGCCGUCAUCCUGCUGGGCAAGGUGCUGCUGCUGUACCGGUCGGAGCGCUGGUGGCCGCUGGUGGCGCAGGUGGCCUGGCUGGGGCUGCGCAGCGCCUACCUCAGCUGCCAGGUGGCGCCCUACCUGGCCAUGUGCGCGGCGCUGCUGUCGCCGGCCGCCACCGGCGCCCAGGCGGAGCGCGCGCGGCUCGACGCCAAUCUGCACCGCCUGCUCCGGCGGGAGCCGCCGGAGCCGGAGCCGGGCUGCUCCGUGCAGCCGGGCUGGACGGAGGCGCUCGCUUCUCCCGAUCCCGUCACUCUGGAGCUACCCGGACGGCACGCCGUCGUUUCGUGCCAGCCGGCCUUCUCAGCGCCCCGCUUCGAGCAGGGCCGCCCGCUCCAGGUGGAGCUGCGCCUGCAGAACCUGACGUCGCGGCGCACCCUCUCCGUCGAGGUGCCCGCGCGGCUCGAGGAGCUCGGCUCAGUCGUCUGGCUGGAGGCGGUGGCGCUGCAGCUGGAGGGCGGCGCCGGACUGGACGUGCUGCUCUCCUGGAAGAUCAGCCUCGGCGACGAGGAGCUCCACCAGAGCAUGUUCGGCCUGCCGGUGGGAGAGCCGCGCUCGGACGUGGGCGGUCUCUGCACCACGGUGGUGCCGCGGCCGGCGCGCCUCGCCCUCGCCGCCGAGCACCAGCCGCCGGUGCUGGUCGGCGAGGUGUACCAGAUGACUGCGCGCAUGACCUGUGACGACCUGGGCGGCCCGCUCACCGACCUCGUGCUCGAGCUCAGCCUGCUCGGCGCCGACGAGGAGACGGCCAAAAACACGUUCGUGGUGCACGGCGACACGUCCCGGCCGCUGACCGAGCCGCUGCAACUGGCGUGCGGCGCCGUCCAGCCGCGCGCCGUCGCCCAGCAGCUGCUGGGCCUGCAGUGCCUGACGCCGGCCAGCCGGCAGCUGCAGCUGGCGGCGCGCUACUCGGAGCCGACCGAGGCCGGCACAUGUCAAGGACGGGCUGUGCAUGCCGUUCACGCUCGAGGCCGUGCACCCGUUCCAGAUGUCGGUGAAGGCGGCUGCGCUGACGCUGGAGCCGAUCGAGGCGGCGGGAGCCGGCCAAACGGUGCUGCUCAUCCCCCAGAUCACCAACACGGGCCCGCACACGGUCCGACUGCGCUCCACACAGCUGAUCAUGGACGAUACCAUUUCGACGUGGCGGCUGAGUCGGACGAGGAGAGCGGCCAGGAGGAUGAGGAGGAGGGCGGCGACGGCGGCUCGCUGCGGGAGCUGGUGCUGCAGCCGAUGGAGUCUGCUUCCGAGUGUGUGGUGGUCACCGCCCGGCAGCUGACCGGCCACGCCCAGCCCGGCACCUACACCGUCACCUGGAACAGGCUGGAUUGGGACGGUCGACCAGUGAGCACGGUGGCGCCGGCGCCGGCGCUGCAGGUGCGGCCGCGGCCUCUACUCGUCUCGGUCAGCCUGCCGGCGCACGGCGUCGUGCGCACCCCACUGCCCGUCCGCUACACCGUCACCAACCACUCGCCGCAGGUGUUCAGCCUGCUGCUGCACAUGGAAGCCAGCGAGGCGUUCAUGUUCUCCGGCAAUAAGCGGUACCAGUUCCGUGUGGUGCCGGGCGGCAGUCGGCAGCUGGUGUACAACCUGUACCCGCUGCUGUCGGGCCGAGUCACCCUGCCGCGGCCCCGGCUCACCCUCUACAGAGACGGCGCGCCCGUCGAGGCCACCGAGCUUAUAGACGGCGCCCUGCGCCACCUGCCCACGCACGUCUACGUCCUGCCGCAGGAGAAGGGAGGCCCCCAUGGCCCGGCUGGUGGAGCGGGGGACCAGGUACGCACCGUGUGAGCUCCGCCGAGCCCGGCGCGUCAGGAGCGAGGCUCACGGCCCGGCCGAGGGAGCAGGGAACCAGGUGCGCGCCGUGUGAGCUCCGCCGAGCCCGGCGCGUCAGGAGCGAGGCUCACGGCCCGGCCGAGGGAGCAGGGAACCAGGUGCGCACCGUGUGAGCUCCGCCGAGCCCGGCGCGUCAGGAGCGAGGCUCGCGGCCCGGCUGGUGGAGCGGGGGACCAGGUACGCACCGUGUGAGCUCCGCCGAGCCCGGAGCGUCAGGAGCGAGGCUCUCACGGCCCGGCCGAGGGAGCAGGGGACCAGGUGCGCGCCGUGUGAGCUCUGCCGAGCCCGGAGCGUCAGAAGAGAGCCCCGCUGGUGCCAGUGCCGGGCGAGCAGCUCAGUGUUGUGACAUCAGGCCGACGUGCCGGGUAUGGCGCGGGGCAUUCCAGUGUCGAGCGAGGGUCGAAGCAAGAGUGCGUAGAGCUGUGAGAUGAGCGGGGGCUGGUCGAGCUGUUUUAGUCAAGGUUUGACUGUAUCGCGAUCCAUCCAGUUUGGCUUCGGUGGCACUGGGGCAUAGGGUGCGCUGUACCAUGCAAUGCACUGUUAUCUUUCAACUCUAAUCGGUUGUUCAUACUUCGUCUUUAGGAGUAACUGGGAUGCUAUGCCAAAUUGAUUUCAUACUAGUGUGUGAAAAAUAUUGGAUAUGUAUUCAAGCGAACCCUGAUCUGAUGGCCUGGUGAUUUGAGCACUGAGACGCGCUGAUGUGCGCUGUAUUAUUGCGAAUGUAUGCAUUACAGACACGACGAUUA